AUGUUUGCUGCUUCGGCAGCCGUCAUGGCAUCCAGCGCGCUGGGCAACCAGUUCGUCAUGUACACACCCGGUGGCGACGACGCAGCUGUCGAGCGUAUCGACCCCAUUGUCAACUGGGGCAACCACAGCGCCCACGUCCACCAGCUGUUCGGCGCCAACGGCCUCGAGCCUGAGAUGACCCACGAGACCCUCCUCAAGUCCACCUGCACCAACCUCGGAAGCGCGGAUGGCCGACAGAACAUGGCCGACAUGAGUGUGUACUGGCACCCGGCCAUGUACAUGGAGGCCAAGGACGGCUCUGGCUACGUGCGCGUUCCCGUCAAGUCUCACAAGCUCUACUACCGCGACGUCGGCUUCGCCGGUGACAAGCUCAACUCGCCUUUCGAGUUCCCAUCAGGCUACCGCGCGUUGGCCGGCAACCCCACCAACCGUGCUCCCACCGACGACGGCAUUGUGGAGUGGCAUUGCUACACCAGCAAUGGCGACAUCAUCGGAAAGAACGGAAAGUUCCCCGAGGGCAUCACCGACUGCGAGUCCUUCCCCGGUCUCAAUGCCCACAUCCACUACCCUCACUGCUGGAACGGCAAGGACUUCGACCCGGAGAAUUCCGAUGCCCACUACGCCUACCCCGAGGGRGACCCACAGAGCGGCGCUUGCCCCAGCUCCCACCCUAUCCGCAUUCCCCACAUCUUCUCGGAGAACGAGUACGACCUUCACUCCGUCGUCGACAAGGUCAAGCCAGGCACUUUCGUGCUCUCCAACGGUGACGCUACCGGAUGCGGAUACCACGCCGACUUCUUCAACGGAUGGGAGUCCGGUGCUCUUCCUGAGCUUUUCACCACCUGCCCUCAAGGCCAGUGGGGUAACCACGACAUCGGAACUUGCCCAAGCUUCAAGGCUGGCCCUCCCACCACCGAGUGCCACCAGAAGAGGACCUUCCACGAGGAGGUGGACGCUCCCGGCCAGUACCUCCCCGGCUGCAACCCCAUCAUCUCGACCAACCCAGCCCCCAAGUUCCAGAUCGCUGCCAUUGGUGAAUGCACCGCAGAGUGCCCCAAGGCCGGCACUGCACAUGCCCCAUCUUACGCUGGCGCUGUCGAGGACGUUCAGGACGCCGUCAACGGUGUCAUGAGCAAGGCUGGAAGCUACCUCAAGCCCACCMCCACUCUCGCAACAUCCGCCAAGCCUGCCGGCACUGAUGGUGCUGUCGAGUGGGUCACCGAGAUCGUGACCGUCACUGCUCUACCCACUCCUGGUACCUACCACAAGCGUCACGCGCACAUGGACCAGCAUCGCCACCAAGGCCGGUCAUUGUAG